AUGUCCAAAUGGGGUAGCGCAACACUCAAGUACGAACUCCAUGCUCCAGAUAACACGCCUCAGUAUCUGGAAUCGCUUGCAUCUAUGAUAUAUUCUCCGCUAGAUGUGUCGGCUUCUCUUUCAUCUGGUUCUUUCCGUACAGACGGCAUGAUCGUAGUGCCUUGCAGCAUGAAGACGCUGGCAGGGAUACGGAUGGGCUACGAUAACGAUUUGAUUGUCCGAGCGGCCAGUGUGACGCUCAAGGAGAGAAGAAGACUUGUACUUGUCGCCAGAGAGACGCCUCUGAGCAGCAUCCAUUUGGAAAACAUGCUGGAGCUGACAAAGGCAAGCGCGGUGGUGUUUCCGCCAGUGAUGGCGUUUUACACACAGCCAAAGUCAAUCCAAGAUAUGGUUGAUCAAAGUGUUAUGAGAAUGAUCGAUCUACUGGGCUUGGACCUGGUCAGUGAGGAGGAUGAAGAGGGUGGACGCUGGGCAGGGUUCGAUUGGGGAGUUAAAGCGAAGCCAAAGUCAUAG